CGGUGGCCAACUUGUCCCUCUACCCGGUGCCCAUGGUGCCGCCUCCGCGGCCGGCGUCGACUCGGACUCAGCCCCGGAGCCCCCUCUACUGACCAGAGGCCGCAGCCGCCGCCCGCCCAGCCGCUAGCCCGCCUGCCCGGCCAGCCCCAGGCUCCCGGGAACGUCAGCACGCCGCCGUCUCCGGACAAGCUCCCCGACAGCCCCAUUGGUCGGAAGAAAAAGGCUGACCCUCCCCAUUGGCCCGGCCCUCAUAUUGAACCUGCCAAUGGGAACUGCGGUUUCAGGUCGCCAUAGAGACCGAUGCUGUUAAGAGCCAGAGGGCCUGGAGAAGGUGGGGAGUGAAGAUGAACCAGUCUCUGGCCUCUGGCGCCAGAGAGGGUGAGGGAAAGAAGUACUAGGGGAUUCCCGAACGCCGGCUCUGAAAUCUGGGGGCAGGUUUGCUUUGUCUUCUUGUCAACCCAAUUGUACAUGGUAGGGUUUCCCUCUGGCGUCAAAGGCAUGAACAGUUGAGCCCCUAGACUUAUACUUGACUGUGAGAGCCCAGUAGUGGGCGUUUCACUUUACCAGCUUCUGAAGAGCCGGCAAGGCUAGGCCCUUUGACUUUUGACAUCUGUGCAGCUUCUGCUUCUCCAGAUAAUCUGGUAUUCCGUAUGAAAAAUAGGAUGAGAAGCACCAUGUACAAGCCAGUAGACUAUCAACAAUUGCGGGCUUUAACUGAAGCAAAAAAGUUAGCUUCUGCUUCUACAGAACUAAAGAUUAGAAAAGCAAUGCAGACUUCAAAGACAUCCAAAGAACAAAUGCUUGUAAAACAACACAAGCAAGUGUGGUGGCAGGAACACCAAAGGCUAAACAAAGUCAGAUUUAAAUUGGAAUCUGAUAUAAAAUCUUUUCUCAAUGAAGAGAACAUUGGAAAUGAAUGUCUUUGUGAUGUUAUGAAUUCUGAACAAGAGUUAUCAGAACAAUGGAGCACAUAUCUUAAAAAUGUGAUAAAUCCUAUUCUGCAGCUGAGAACAUAUCUAAAGUAUAGACAACAUCACAUUUCCCAGAGUUCACAUGCCCAUAAAGAGUUUAAUGCAGUGACAGUACUGGAAGAGGUUGACUUUGUGAAGAAACAAUUGAAAGCUGUCUUUGAAAGACUUAGACUGGAGCAACAGGAAAUAGAAAGAGAUCUUUCAGGCUGGAAUAUAAAAAUACUGGAUUAUUGUUCAGAAGAGAAAACUAAUCUUAGUGAACUACCCAUGGAAUUAGAAACUUUGGAAUGUCCAUACCCUGAUUUGAAAUCUUCAAUUCUCAAAGAGUUCUAUAACUUUACAGAGAAAUAUCAAAAGAAACUUCAAGAUUUUGAUGUACAGUUAGAAGACAUAAACAGAAACUUCCACCUAAGUGAAGAAGACCACUGGAUUUACCAGGCUAUUUUAGAUCAGUAUCCUGGAGAUCUCUUUGGCAGAAGGACUCUGUAUCUCGAUAUGUUACAAAGAUAUUUUCCUCACAAAUCUAGGCAUGACUUGGUAGAACAUGAGAAACAUUGUGACCAAUAUCACUUUGCUAGGGAGCAGCGAAGGAUCUUGAUAGAAAAUUGGAAUAAGAAUAGGAAAGACUUUAUACAGAAGGCAGUACUUACCCUCCUUGAGGCCUGUGCAGCUCAUGAAAUGGAGAGCAUAUUGGCUAAGGACAGAAAAAAGCAACAGGACCUGUGUGCUGAUCUGAAAUUUAAGGUUUUCCAAUGGCGAGCUCACCAGGAAGAGUUGGCAAGACUGGAAAUUGAAAUUUCUUCCAGAAGAAGAGAAAAGGAAGAGGAGAAAGAGAAACUAUGGAAGAAGAAGGAAUUGUUGAAAAGAAAAGAGAAGAAGAAAAAGAUAAGGAAAUACUGGGCUAAGAAAGAGCAGAAGUGGCAAGAAAUGGAAAUGAGAGAUCUUCAACGUCUAGAAGAACUGAAGAAAUUAAUGGCUAAACAGUCAGAAAAAGACAGAGAAAGGGUUAAAUAUAGACAACAAUUAUUGGAAAAGCAUUUGAUGGAGAAAAAGGAAGUGGCCCUUCAAGAAGUACAUGAAGAAGAGGAGAGAGAGAGGCGCCUAGAAGCCCUUAGAAAACAGGUUGCUGUUGUUGCUCAAUUUGAUCCUGUUAGAAUGAUGUCGGAUACAAUGGCAUCAAAAGCUAGAAUGGCUGUUGAAAUUGAAGAAGAGUUUAUUCUUCAAAAGCCCCUCUUUACAUUAAAUACUUACAAUGAACAGCAGAUAAUUUCUGACCCUCGACUUCGCUUUGAGUUAGCACUUCGUGAAGCUGGACUUCAUAAAACAUUGCACGCCAAAGAGGUCUUACCAAAAAUCAGUCCUCAGAAACCUCCAAGAAGGGACAUGGAAUCUACUAUAUUUAAAAUAUAGAACUCAUACUCAAA